UGGUGAAAACUUGUUGAAAGGCUCCAGCCGGAAGCGCCGCAUUGAAUUGGCUUGAUUGUCACAGAGUGGAGAAAUAGUCAGGGGCUCCGAACAGCAGGUCCUUCUUUGUAGCAUUGUUGUAGAGGACCAACAUGUCCUCGGAUUUGCUGGUGGACCUGCAUGAUGACUUGGGUGGAGAUGACUCUCCCAGCGCUGCUCUGGACCAGCUCAAACUGGUGCAAGACAAACAGUGGCCACCAGAUGACCCUGUCAGCAUCAGCAAAUCUGCUACAGACAUUAAGAGCCUCAGUGAGGGCUCCCACCUGGCACGGGAUGACCCGUUCUACGAGAUUGCAAAGCAUCAAAUAGUGGAAGUAGCAGGCGAUGAUAACUUUGGGCGGAAAGUGAUCGUUUUCAGCGCAUGUCGCAUGCCACCCCACAGUCAGCUAGACCACCAUAAACUACUGAUGUACCUGAAGCAGACAUUAGACAAGUAUGUGGAAAGCGAUUACACACUCAUCUACUUCCACCAUGGUAUGACCAGCGAAAACAAGCUGUCCCUCAGCUGGUUGCGAGAUGCCUACCGUGAGUUUGAAAGAAAGUAUAAGAAGAAUAUUAAGGCAUUUUAUAUUGUUCAUCCCACCAUGUUCAUCAGAACAGUCCUCAUUUUCUUCAAGCCACUUAUCAGCUUUAAAUUUGGUCGUAAGAUACACUACGUAAAUUACUUGAGCGAGCUGGAAGAGAUAGUGAAGUGUGAUCAGUUGGUGAUUCCCAGUCGAGUCAGAGCAUAUGAUGAUAAGAUCCGUCUAAAUCUGAAGCCAUCUGUGGUCCCUGGCCCAAUAUCACCACCUCGUAGCCCACCUCUGCCUUUCCAGCAGUUCGGGGUGCCUCUCUCAGUGUUGAGAGAUAGAGGUGCAGACUCUGAGGGAAUUCCACUGGUGAUGCGAGAUACCAUCAGCUUCUUGCAGGAGCAGGGUUUGCAAACAGAGGGAAUAUUUCGGCGGUCAGCUAAUGUUAGCCUUGUGAAAAACAUCCAGCACAAAUACAACUCAGGGGAGGAAGUGAAUUUCUUUCAGGUUGAGGAUGUGCAUCUGGCUGCUGUAAUCCUGAAGACAUUCCUCAGAGAGCUGCCAGAACCUCUGCUUACCUACAAGCUCUACAAUGAUGUUGUCAACUUUCAGUAUGUUGACAGUGAGUCUCAAGUCAUCACGAUCAGAAACAUGCUGAUGUCACUUCCUGAGGAGAACACUGCUUCACUGCGCUUUCUCAUUCAGUUCCUCGCUCAGGUGUCUGCAGAGAGUGAGGUGAACAAGAUGACAAACACAAACUUGGCCGUUGUGUUUGGCCCUAAUCUGCUGUGGGGGCAGGAUGCUGCCAUGACGCUCAGCUCUAUCGGACCGAUCAACAACUUCACCCGUACCCUGCUGGACCUGCAUCAGGAGGUCUUUGCCCAAUAAUGAGCAGUGGAGUCCAUUUAGAGCCCCUCCCACUCUAACUCAGCCCAUAGUGCUGUGGCCCUUUCUCUCUCUCCUUAAGUGUUGCCAAAUGCAUGAGUGUUGUAAACGGGUGAGGUUUCGCAGGAGGAAAUUUGGCAGGUACAGGAUUUGUGCAGACUUCUGGUAUCAGAGACUGAAUUUUUUUUUUUUCCAGAAUGUCAUUAUUCUUCAUGGUGUUUCCUUUUUAGAAAUUCAGACAAUCAGUAAAAAGUCAUUUGUCCUUGAGGUCAUAUAGCUGGCCAAGCAGUUUCACAGUCUCUGCUCACACACCAAAACAUGUUCACUUAGUUCUGUUGUUAAUCUCCUUUUUUUUUUAAGGUUUAGAGGAGUAUUUGGCUGUGAUUUUUGGACCGUUUUCAAUGGAUUUGCUGUGAAAGCAAAAAGCCCUAUCCUGCAUAGUCAUAGCUAUGGACCAAUAUAAAGCACUAAUACACAAACUUGAAACACUUGUUUUAAACAUAUGAUAUUGCCUUUAAAUGCUCUGUUAGUCUUUAUUUUUACUACAUAUAUAUUAUUUGUAUGAUCUUUUUUAUUGUAUUUGUCUUUUUUUUCCAAGAAAAUACUGUAGAUGGUUGCAGCUCUGAUGCUAGCAAACAGGAAGAAGGCUUAAGCUUUUAAGUUAAAAAUAGCUAUACCACAUAUUUGCAUGCCAUGGGCAUACUAUAUAGUCUAAAAGUCAGAGACCACCCUCCAUUUAUUUAAUUUCCAAUCAGAUCAUUUAUUAAGUACAAUUUAUACGUUUUUCAGUAUCUGAAAAUUAGCAGUUUUUUUAAACUCCCUUUGACAUUCUCUCCUUUAUGGGGAAAUGUCCAUAAAGUUGUUGUGUAAAAUAUAAUUUCCCAAGAAAUGUCUUCUUAAAAUGAAUCACUUUGACUAUAUUCUAAUGGCCAUUUUGGCUGGAAAUUAAAUAAAUGACGAAUGGUCUCUGACUUUUGCAAAGUACUCUACUUUUGAUGUAAAUUUGUCACAUUCUUAUUAUUGCUGUUCUUAGACAUAAAACCAGAUGGUGAUCUCAGAGGCACUGAGAUACUUGAAGCUGAGUCAGGGAUUCCAUGAGUGCUGAUUUUAAAAUGGGCUUUUUGCAGUAACCAUAACCAUAGCGACCAUAAGCACUCUGUCUGAGACAUUUCUUACAUCUAGACCCAGAGCACCAGUGUGUUGGUCCUCUAUUCACACACAGUUGCACAGUGACCCCUGUUGUUAUGGCUGUAUAUACUAAUUCACAGGGCUUUUAAUGAAAGUUUCACUCUCAUUUUGUGAAAAUCAUUUAGACAAAUGGAAUGGAAAUGGCUGUUAUUCUGUACUGAUACCCUUGCUCUUCUGUCUCUUCUCUGAUGUGCAUGUGUGUGGGUUUAAUUGUAUGUGGCGUUCAGCAGUGCUAUCGUUCACCUGUAUGUUUUAUUUUACCCAAAGACCAAAUGCUUUGAAUUGGGUUUUUGUUUUUUCCUUUGUUUCUUUGCACCGGGUUUCUGAAUCAGAUAUAAAAUAUGCUCUAAAUCAGAGUUCUUUUAUUUGUUCUUCUGGGCAUAUUCUGUCAGAGUUCUUUAGCUAGCUGGUCAAUUAGAAUACAGCUGGAGUGCCUGGGACAUGCUACAUAAGGAUUCAAUUUGGAGUAAGGACCUGUAUUAUCUGUUUUAAUUCACACUAUGAAGAAACGUAUCAUAGCAGAUCUAAAGAUGUUCAGCUGCGAAGCUGCAUAUAGUUUCAUAGGGCUCUGACAGAAACUUACAUUUUGCUGUAUUCACAGGAUAGGAGGGCAAAAAAUCUGCUGACUCUUUGCACACGGGAAUGUUUUCCCCCAUGAAGUUUAAAGUCCAGGACUCCAGCACUUGCAGCAGGGACAAGGAGAGUUUAGCACUACCCAAGUAUAGUAUUGUAAUGCCUCCAUAUUGAAAUGUAAUGUUUACUGUGUGUGUGUAUGUCAACCUCAAAAUUCAUGUCAAUACACUGAUGUGUUGACAUGUGGAUCAGUGGCUUAAAUUGUUUAGUGAAGCUACCCCAAAACCCACGUGUUUGUGUGCCUUAAUAAGGUUAACUGGCCAUCAGAUUAGAUUAGGUUAUAAUGGAUUAUAGCUGUUUAAACCUUCCUCUGCUCAGAUCUGUGAACUUUGUGCUGUUCUGUUUAAAUCUUGUCCCAGUGCCAACCAGUUUAGCUGUGCUAUGGAUAUCUGUAUUUCCGUUUUUCAGGUGGAACGACCUGUGCUUUUUUUCUCUGUAAAGGUUCUUUGCUUUUAUCUUAUUUGUUCAAACGUACUUCUGCUUUCAAGGUCUAUACUUUUGUAAAUGUGGUAAUGGUAUAUGAGUAAUAAAUGGUAUAUGAUGGUA